AUGUCAUCUCUUACUAUUAUCGAUGUAAACGAGUUAAGUGAUGGGCAAUUUGAAUCGGUGUUUGGGAAUGUAAUUGAGCAUUGCAAGAGUGCUUCGACUAGAAUUAAAAAACAGCGUCCGUUUAAAAACGUCGAGGAACUUUGUGAAGCAUUUCAAAAAUAUUUAGACGAUAUAACCGAAGAAGAAAAACUGGAAAUAUUAAAAUCUCAUCCAGAUCUUGCGGGGCGUUUGGCGAUACAAGGCGAAUUGACUCCAGAAUCAGCCGAAGAACAACGUAGCGCUGGCUUGAAUGAUCUCACUGCAGAUCAAAAACGAUUAUUAGACUCACGAAAUAAAAGAUAUAAAUCAAAAUUUAGCUUCCCGUUUAUAAUUUGUGCCAGAGAAAAUAAAGUACAGUCAAUAUUGGAAGGUCUGGAGUGCCGGUACAACAAUGAUUAUGAAGAGGAGAUUAACACGGGCAUUAACGAAGUGAAGAAAAUAUGCAAAUUGAGAAUCCUCGACAUAGUUAAAAAUUAA